GCAGCGCGGUCAGCGACAAACACUGACCUGGUGAGGGAGGCCGAGAACCAUCUCACCAACGAGGAAAAACAGUGCAUCCUUGAAAGGAAGCGCGUGGAGGAAAGUGCUCAACCUGAUGAGCACACCUCAUCGUCCCACGAAGAGGGACCAUCCAAAGGAAAGGGGGCUGACCCACGCAACUGGGGCAACCUCGACCUUGAUGAAGCCGAAGGCGACGUCAAAGCUCAAUGUGAGGCUCUUGAGACCUGGGCCCGCACUAGGGACUGGUCAAGGACUGUUCCA